AACAUGAUGCUCUGGGCAGUGGCUAGCCGGCUGCAGCCUGCAGCCACAUUGCCCACCCUGGCGACCGUCCAACAUGGGUGUAUUCCUGGACGAGUCUUGCAGGAAGAAGCUGAUGGUGAUGUUGACCGGUGUGGGGGCUGCAUACCUGCUGUACCGAACCGUCUGCUCCGGUUUCACCAGCCCACGGGACGAUGAGGAGGACUUGCUGAUUGACCGGAGUGGCAACAGCACGUUGGACAGCAUUGGUGCCCUGGGUGACCAAGACUCUUGCCCAAACUCCCUCAAGAUGAACCUUCAGGACCUGAAGACAGUCCUGACCAUUCUGCAUGAGAGUAAGGAUCCCAUUAUCCGUGGGACCAUCCUAACAAGUAUCUACCGUAUCCCAGGAUUCUCAUCCCAGCAGGAGCUGCUCUGCUCUGAAGGUGGUAUGGCCACCAUUGCCGAGUCUCUAGAUGACCCACUGGACUACAUAAAGACCAGCGCUGUGAUGGUCCUCAAUGUCCUGAGCAAUGACCCAGCCAACCGGGACCUUCUGGCCAAGUACAUCCCCCAGGUGGUGACUCUGGCCACCUCCACCACCCUCCAGGAGUUUGAGCAACUCCCCUGCCUGAGGUUCCUCACCAAACUCUCCCACAACCAGCAGAGCCACCCGCCGCUCCAGCCCGUCCUGCCCGACUUCUUCCACCUGCUCCAGGUGGGUUCCUCCACCAUCAAGUUCCAGGUGUUGCAGAUCCUCAUCAACCUCUCCAGCAACCUAGAGAUGACCUUCCACAUGCUGGACGUGUCGCUGCCGGACUCCUUCCUCUACCUGUUCAACUACUUCCAGCGGCAGGACAUCCUCAACGACCUGCUCCUUCUCAUCAGCAACCUGAUCGAGAUGGAGAGGAGCCUCAGCUACCGGGCAGUCAGGCACCAACACAGAGACGGUUCCCUCUUCCUGCUCCUGGCCGGCUCCAACACUCACUUCUUCAGCCGGCUCAUCUAUUUAAUGGCCUUCCCUGAUGACAGGAUUAAGCUGCAGGCUGCCCGCAUUGUCACCAGUCUGGGCUGACCCACCCCGCGCUGAUUAUUAUGAAGAAAAAUAAAUGAAAGGAGCAUAAAAUGGGGAAGUGAUUCU